UCUUUUUGGGUUUCUGUUUCUGUGUGUUACUUUGAGAAACACCACGGCACCGCUGAAAGAGAAAGAGAAAGAGAAAGAGAGGGUUCUGCUGUGUUUCUGAUAUACUCCAUUCGUUCAAUCAUUCUGCCCAACUUAGUUCUUUGAAAUUCGUAAUUCUAACCACUCGAUGGAUAUCUGUGUUUCUAAGCUCAUGAUGUUUUCCAUAAGGGGUUUCUGGAGAAGGCACAGGAGAAAAGUGAUACUGUCAGUGGGACUUUUAGGGAGUGGGUAUACUCUAUAUAAGCUUUACGGUGCUCAGAAGCAGAGGCUGCUUGAUCUGGAAAAAGAACUUGAAGUUGAAAGAGAAACCAAUGAACUCAUUAAGGCACAAUUGCAAGCACAUUUUGAGAGUAUCCAGAGAAUAGCUGAUUCAACGACAUUACCCUAUGCAAUUCACUAUUUGCAGAGUCGCAUUUCACAAGAUUUAGACCUUUCCAACUCGAUGCAGAGGUUAAUACAAGCAAAGAGUCAGCCCAGCUUACUCACCAAGGCAGAAAAGGUAGAGCUGUGGGAAAGACUAAAAAUUCUCGGUUUUGUGAAAUUGGUGUUGUCAUUGUGGGCUAUAACAUUGCUGAGUUUAUACAUAAGAGUUCAAGUCAAUAUUUUAGGGAGACAUCUCUACAUUGAUACAGCACGUAAGCAGGGAAGCUCUCUUGUUCUUGAAGAAGCUGACCAAUUCGACAAACAUGGGGAACAGGAAUUUCUAGCAACUGCAGAUUAUUUGUCUAGCUACGGGAUGACACAAUUGAUCCCAAGUAUGGAGAUGGCAGUUACAGAAGUUCUCAAGGGAAAGCAUCUGAGUGAUACUUUCAAUGCUCCCGUACUACGCGAAACCAUCAUGCAGAUACUGGACAGAUUCGUGAGCAUCGAUGGCCCUCAUCAUUGGGUAACAUACUUGGUGCCUGAAAAUGCAGUAGCUUACAAACGUCUCACUGCUACAUCUUCCAGCGGUUUGGAAGCUGCUACUACUUCAUUGCAUCCAGAUAUCGAUAAGCUUGACCAACUCAUGGCAGAGGCAAGAUUUGUCUUGUCAAGUGAGGAUUUCGGGGGCGUAGUGGAUAUAUCAUUGAGAUCUGUGGUGGAUGCUUUAGUGGACGAGAUGGGAUUCGGUUCUUUGCUGCCUUCUGGAUUAGCUUUGGCAAAGGUAUUGCCUGAGGUUUCAAAGAUGAGCCUAUUACUUCUUGAAGAGGCAGUUAGGAACAAAUUUAUUCAGGUUGUUCGGAACCUACCAGCCGUUCAGUUAUUCUACACACAUCUCUAUGCAAAUAUGCCUAUAGUGGCGUAAGAGUAAACAACGCGGACUACUUUCACCAAAAAAGAUUAGUACUAGACCCUUUAGUGGUAGUAUUUGUGACGUUAGAUUUAUCCUGAGUUACGCCAUUUUUUGAUUGAAGAACUGGCAAAUGCGCGAGGGGACUUGAUUCAUAGUUUGAUUAAGGUGGCCAUCACCCUGCAGACUUUCAUUUCAAUGUACAAUAUUAAAAUAAGAGGAAAAAACAUUUGCCAUGGGUCUUAAAGAUGUCAAUUCCAUUCGUUUGUGCUUUUUUCCUGAAAGGCUAGACAGCUUGUUUUUUGUU